AUGUCCGUUUGGAACAUCACGCGGAGUUCAACUCCCAAAAGCACUGGGGACCAAAGCCCGCCUCGGGAAGUUCUGCAACGAUCCCAAGGCGAAGACCAUACAGUUACCCACACACAUAGGCUGAGCCUGCGUCGAUAUCCCAAGGAUUGCCCGCCAUUGAAAGUGAGAUGGUUCUAUGCUGUGGACUCCCCAAAAUGGAAGCCAGCUCUACUGGAGCAAAAGAAGGAUGUCUCGAAGCCUUUGCCUCCACCCAAGAAGUUCGUCCCAUUCUCCUACAAGGACUCGCAGGCCAUAGAAGCGGCAUUCCAGAAGGUCUCAGACCUGGAAUUGAAACAGGAAGGAACAAAACACGCGGAGUCUCUCAAGAAUUCAGAACCCCAAUCAACAAAAGUGCCUGUCAACGAGGAUUAUUUGUUUGAUGUGGAUCUUGAACGGAGGGAACUCAGUCCAGCUUACUGGAUAGGUCCCGUAUACGAGGUCCGCCGUGGAACUUGGUUUUUCCAAGACGGGUCCACGAUCAAGCCAUGCGAGGAGAACCUAGCCACUCAGCUAGAGGAAGGAUACCUUAAGGUUAAACCAUGGUCAAAUGAAGACCGACAGGAUACUUUGUCGAGAUCUUCACCUGGCGGCAAGGCCACUGAGAAAGAUCCCAAGCCUUCACGAACUCCGCCGGCCGGGGUUGCUGGACAGUCAGCUGCUACAUCCUCGAGUGAAACCCGCAAUUACCGUCUAUUUGGUGCUUAUAUGAACUGUAUCGCAACUUAUCAUGACUCGGCAACUGCGAUACUCACAAACGAUGACCUCAUGUCCCGGGUCAGCACCACCUUUUACCAGAAGCUAGGAUUUGUUCCCGGCACAAAGGUCGUUCGCGGUUUCUCGGACUCGAAGAAACAAAAAGAACAAUCGGAUGUGAGGGGCGCCGAUCAGAAAACAGACAAGGCGCCGCGCUCAGAAGCGCCCAAGCCGGAUACUAUAUCCCCACAAGCAAGCCCUAGACCAGUAGCCCAGGAAUCUGAAUUCUCCCAGGCCCAGGGAUUCGAUGCUGAGUCUUCUGCAAGAAACCCUCCGUCGGCACUACAGAGGCAGAUGUCAUCUCUUGCUGGCGAACCGCAGAAUGUGGACGAACUGGAAGAGGAAGCACGUCGGCAGGAGGAAAAGGAGAUGGAGAAUUCCAGAGAGCUUGAAGAUGAAGAUCGAGACAGGGAAAUCGACCACCUUGUGCUGGUCACACAUGGAAUCGGCCAGCGACUGGGACUGCGGCUUGAAAGUAUCAACUUUAUUCACGACGUGAAUGUUCUGCGCAAGACGAUGAAGAGUGUCUACAAGGCCUCUCCCGACCUCCAAGCCCUUAACUCUGAGUUUGGCGAUCGGGACAAGAAUUGUCGUGUCCAAGUUCUUCCAGUAUGCUGGAGACAUCUCCUUGAUUUUCCUUACCAGGGUGUACGGCAAAAUCGAAAGGAGCUUGACCUAGCUGAUGCCGGUUUUGAAGAAGACUCGUAUCCCGGCCUGGCCGAUAUCACCCUCGACAGCGUGCCUGCGGUCCGAAACUUGAUUUCCGAUCUGGCGAUGGACGUGCUUCUAUAUCAAAGUGCGUACUGUGAUCACAUCUCGAAUAUCGUGAAACAGGAAUGCAACCGGAUCUUGAAACUUUUCAAAGAGAGAAACCCAUCCUUUAAGGGAUCCGUGAGCCUUUGUGGGCAUUCAUUGGGGAGCGCUAUCUUAUUCGAUAUCCUGUGCCAUGAAAGAACCAACGCCGAUACUCCGAGACAGGGAGAUGAAGUGAAGCAAGAUCAACACCUGAACUUCCAAUGUGAAGAACUGUUUUGUCUCGGUUCACCCAUUGCUCUUUUCCAGAUGCUUAAAGGGAAAACGAUCUCUGGGAGAUCUUAUCUACAUGAAGGGUCAAGGAGUCCCAACCUGGCCCACUCUGGGAUAGGCGCUGCCAUCAAGGACAACUAUAAUCCUAUUGUCUCCUCUCCUAGCUGCCGGCAGCUGUUUAAUAUUUUCCACCCUUCUGACCCAGUGAGUUAUCGGAUAGAGCCACUGAUAUCCCCCGCGAUGUCUUCGCUUCGCCCACAGCCUCUACCAUCUGUGAAGAAGAGCCUUUGGACAAGCUCCGGUCAGAGUCUUUCACUUAUUGGGAGUCGUGUGGGCCAGAGUGUUGGGUCUUUGUGGACCAACUUUACGACAGGCGUUGCUAGCAGCCUUCUAAAUCGCAGCCUUGGACUUGGCCCUGAUGACUCGGCAGCGCAGCCAUCUUCGAAUAAUAGCUCGCAGCCGCAGAGGAGUCGGCCGCAAAGCAGCUCUGACAUUGAUUCGCCAUAUAAAUUUGAUCAUCGACAGCCUACUCUGAUAGAUGCGUACCUGGAGACUCUUGAUGAAAAGUCUCAGAAAGCCCGGGAUGAGCGAAAGAAGGCAACCGGGGAGAUGAGCGCAGCUCAGUAUAAGGAAGCCGAGGAUCGCGUGAAGAAGUUGAAGACGGAAGACUUGAAAGUGAGGUCUUUGAACUCUAACGGAAGAGUUGACUACAGCAUACAAGAGGGCGCGUUUGACAUCUCUCUGAUUGCCAGCAUUGCCAGUCAUUUGACCUAUUGGGCGGAUGAGGAUGUAAAUCAUUUCAUGCUGUCCCAGAUGCUAUCCAGAAAGCGGCGAUAG